CAGAAGAAACUUCAAAUCUUGAGCACACUGUAUUGUCAAAACAAAAAAAAAACGACACACAGACACGAUGGGCAAGCCAAAGGUGGAGAAUCCGGGCACCGGUCUGAUUAGCGUCCAUGAGAUGCAGGAACGGGAGAAAAAGUAUCAGCAGCGUAUGCAGGACGUCAGCGUAAGCUGUAACUUCAUCAAGGAUUCCACGUCGGAGUUCGCGCGCCUGGAGGAGGAGCGCCGAGAGCUCGAGCAUUGGGAUCAUCAUUUGCGCUGUGAUGGCCUGCCACGCCCCUAUUUGCCGCCAGAGAUGCGCACGUUUCUGGCCAAGCAGCGUUUCUAUCAACAGUUCAAUACGGAUCACACCGUGGACUGGACGCUGUCCGUGGAUGAGCGCACGGUGCUGACCCAGGACAUCUUCCGCACGGAUCGCACACGGCGCACGAUCAAAGAGAACCUAAAGGAAAAUAUCGGCGAUAUCUAUGAGGCCGAUAUAUUCUUGUAUUUGAAUACUCUGUUCAAGAUCGAUUGUAUGCUCGAUACAGCCGCCGAAAUGGACCGUGUGGAUUUUGACCGUCAAUUGGAGAUCAUGGAUGUGCGCCGUGAAAUCGAGCAUGAAAUCGAUGAAGUUUUCGAUCGCCUAACCUAUCGCAUAAUACGCAUGGAUGGCGUCUACAUGAACUCAGAUGACGACCUUGUGGCCACCUGGUCUCAUGCGUGCCCCAAGUAUGCCAUAGAUCUUUGGGCGCUGCGCAAUGUGCCCGUUCGCUUCGAAGAAUUGCUCGCCCCGCUGAUGGUCGCCAAAAUGAAUGUUGUGGGCGUCAGUGUCCAGAUGCCCCUGAGCGUGCUGCACGAUUGCCUCACCUUGCGCUGCAUCCACACGAACUUUGACAACUAUUCGCAGUACGCAAAGAGCUUCGAUCCUAUUAUACCGGAGGGCAAUGUGGAUGUCAAUGCCGGCAUUCUGGAUAUCGAGGAUUGUUUGGCCAACGAGUGGUAUAUGCAGCUGGAUAUACAAAACGAGAUGUUGGAUAGUUUGAUGGAGAAACGCGAAGCCUAUGAGGAGAUUAUGCGCAUCAUUGCGGAGAAAACGGAGAAGGCCAACAAGGAGAAGGGCAACACUGAGGGCAAGGGCCCGAAAAUAGUUAUACCCAAGGCGCCCAAGGAGGCGCUCCUGGUGCCGCCCGGCAUGCUACCAGAUGCCCAAAAAACAUUCCUGGAGCGCGAACAGCAGCAGUAUGUCGAUCUGCUCGAUGAGAUUUACAAUCCCAGACACCUAAAGCUAGGCUUGGACGAGAUCAAUCUGAGACAACACAUCAUGCUGGGCGGCCUAUAUUCGAUAAUGUUUAUUCGCCGUCCGAUGAAUACGCAUUACCAGAAGUUCAACAUAAUAUUGCACGACGAUGGGCGUGUGCUGCACAUCAUGGAUGAUAUUGUGGCCGAUUUGCGUGGCCCUCAGGGGGACGAUGGCCGACUGGGCUCGCGGACUUCCCGGGUUUCGGGACGUCAGUCGCGUUUACGCUUGAAUAUGGAUGAGAAUAAUCGUAAAAGCAUUAUGCUCGAGGACGACGAAUUGCCCUAUUUCUUUGUGACCAUUCAUAUGCCGCGCGAGCUGUGCCUAUGGGGUGAGCCGAUAGUCUGUCAGUAUAUAUCGAGCAUAGAGGAGAUUGUAUCGGAAACAUCGUUGACCGAAGAGCCAAAAGAAUCGGUUUUGAAGAAGAAGAAAUCAAAGUUCGGUUCGGCUAGGCACACCGAACUCCAUCGGCACGAGUUACAGUUUACGCAAAUCGAACGUCGCGAAACAUCGAUAAAUGUGUUUCGUCCCACGUUGAUAUCCCUGCUCCGCACGAGCCGGAAACUGAUGCCCGGUGAGAAUUUGAUGCCACUGCGAAACUUUCAUUUGGUGCAGCAAUUGGAUCAUCUGAAGGUGCGACAAUUGGAACGAUAUUGUGUGCCGCGGAUCAUCUCAUCGUUCAAGUUUCCGCUAGAGGUCAAGGAGGAGCUGGAACAGCUGUUCGAUCAGCGACCGAAGACCAGAAAUAUGCUGAUCCGUCGACGCAGUAUCGAUGCUGAGGAUAAUUUUGUUGUUGGCGAUUUGGAUUUCGAUUAUGAGGUACAGCAGGCACCCGAACGCGUCUUUCCCGUCUUCCAUGAUAUCGAGCAUAUCAAAUACGAUGAGGAGCACAUACAGCAGGUGUUCGAAAAGAAGUCCAUUUACGGACUGAUCGACACCUUUGAUAACAUCACGAACAGGUACAUUGCCAGACAUCGUGACAUUAUGAAUCAGUCGGAUUUUAAUAUGAAAAAGCCGCCACCAAAGAAGACAGUUGUGCCCAGCCCAGACGCACGGGCCGGAUCGGUCCUGCCCAAGUUUAAGUCCUCGAUACGAAGUGGGAGCAGGCAUUCCUCGCUGCGAGGCAGCCAUAGUCCGCUGCCCGCGUCCAGCUCACAGAUGAGCGGCUAUCGCAACUCGAGCCGCCUUAAUCUAACCGAUGGAGCAACGGACACGCAGGACACCGAUACGCCGGAGAUCCCUACGCCCCAGGAGGAAGAGGUGAAGGCGGAAAGGCCCAAAGAGAGGGUUACACGCUGGACCACCAGGCACAUCAUGGCCACCAAAUUCGAUAGACAGGCACGCACCAUGCACAUCAAAACCGAUCGAUUGGGCAUCUUUGGGCUUGCCUACAAGCGCUACGAGCACUUCCCCUUCCGCAACUGGAGCAUGCAACCCAAUGAGGAGAAUAAUGAGGAAAUUAUACUGAGUGUGGAUACGUUUCACGCACGUGUCAUACUCUAUAUUACGGCUCAAGGUGUCAGAGGCUAUGUGACAGAUAUAAGCAAAACUUAUGUGGCUCAUCCGGUUAAGUAUUUGGAUAUACCAAAACCGAUCUCCGAUUUUCGUGAGCUGCGCCGGCGUUUCUAUGAGAAGAGCAUCAACAUCUUUGCGGAAAAUGAUGCCUGCUUUUACAUAGACAAUGGUUACUUUUCGGUGAAGCAUAUGGCCAUGGAGGAUCACACCUAUGAUGCCAUGGCGCUGCACUGUAAGCUGAUGAAGUUCUAUCGUUCCGGGUGGAAUCGCUUGGCCUCCCGUCGCAAUAUUUUGAUGGGCAUGAAGAAUGCCAAGGAUAAUACCGACUAUACCGAGGUCACGGUGCGCAUAACACCCGAUAAUGUGACCUUUGUCGAGGUAAUGGAGCUCUGCUCAGAUGAUCUGAACGUUAUAAAGCUGGACUUUAAGAACACGUGGCGUAACAUGAGCCACUAUACGGAUCUGCAUCAGGCAAUCAGUUCGAUGAAUCCGCAUGCCACGGAUGUCAGAAACAAAGAUGCGAUGUUGCUCUUUCAGGUCAAGCGGAUGCUCAACGAACUUCAUAUAAUGAGUUUUUCGUAAAAAUUAUUUGUAGAUUUCUGUAUAUUUAUACGAAUUAAAAUUUCUAGGAGAAAUA